AUGCCACUUGUCACCGAUUCCACUGAUACUGAUAAACCGUAUGAAUCUCGUAUUCAAUUAAUUACACCCUGGACAGAGUUUGUUAUUUUCCUGAGUGAUUAUUUUUACAUUUUUGCCUUACUGGGUGUAAUAUUAUGUUUUCCUAUUGGAAUAUUGGCCGUUGUACGUGCAGUUCAAGCUAAACAAUUGAAACAUGAGCAAUUUAGAUAUUCUACAAAUGUUGAGUAUUUAACAGAUGGCAUUAAUGCACCCUAUGAAUUAGCCAAAAUAAAUCGUUAUGAAGCAACGACUUUAGGCUUGUUUGCAAUUCUUGUUGGGAUAGCCUUUUGGCUUGUAAUUUAUGCUGUUUUCAAAAUGCAUCAUAUUUAUUAUCACUACGAUUUUCAACAUCAUUGUGAUUUAUACCAUGCAUGUCAUGAUUGA